CUCGGUGGCUCUAGCCAAUCCAUAGCUCCUGCUCUCAUUCAACCACCAGCCUUGCACUGCAGCCUCAACACCGUUCGCGACGCAAACUUCCUUCCACGCCAUGCAGCCGUCCUGCGCAUUAUAGUUUUCCGACAUCCAAAUUUCCAAUCCCCCAUACAAAUCUCCCGAGGAUCGACGCGCGACCCCGCAACCGACGAAUUGCCCGCCAUGGCGUCGGGCAGCUCAAUGCCCUUCUCUUCCCUCCACCCCGUACCUACGGGCGAUCGCAAACCAAAGAGCCUCGGCGAGUUCAUUGCCCGCGUACAAGCGGAGCGCGGCUUUCGAAAUGUCACCGAGGAGAGUCUGAAAGAGGAGGUCGAGAACAAGAAAAAUGGCGUCGGCGAGGUGAAGGAGGAAGACACGGCAAUGGCCGAUGGAGAUGACGAGAACGAGGAACCACCAGAUGCCGGCGCCGCGCGGAUGGAAGUGCUGAGAAACAUAGAUACCGCGCAAAACGCCGCCCUAAUGACCCUCGACUUCAUCUCAUUACUACUCUCGAAAGAAAGCCCUGCCCAGGCAGGUGUCACGCUCUCCCAGCAACUGCGCGACUGGACCGGCAUUGGUACCCUUGGUAUCGCUAAGCGCGAAGACAACGAAGAACAGAAGCAAAGGGACGCUGAGAAGGCAAAGGACAACUGCGAUGUGUCUCUGGGUUGGGCUUUGCUCGACAUCGAGAAGACAAAGGAGUCAGCCGACAAGGCAGCAACCCAUUUGAGCAAGGAAGUGGAGCGUGAAGCAAAGUACUGGGGCGAGGUGUUGUCGGUACACCAAGCCGGAUGGUCCAUGUGCAGGCUGCCCGCGGAACGGCAUACCCUCGGCGUCAGAUUCGGUUUCUCAGAAGCAUCACCUGAGUUCAGGAAUAGCAGUCUCGCGCCAUUGCGGCGCGGAGAUGACGGCUCAGCGCUCCUCCAGCACGGCCGCGUCGGAUCCGGCUGCCAACGCCUCGCCAUCACCGUCAGCAGAUCAGGCGAGCCAAGCGGCCGUCUCGCUGUUGGGACCUCCGUACCGGACUCAGCUUUGCUACCGGAUCGCGUCCUCGAGGCCCGGAACACCAUCUUCGCACAAGAACUCUGGCAUGAGCUCCAUCGCGAAGCACACUCUCUCGCUUCGUACGGAGUCCGCGCGGAUAACAACUCCAUCAACUUUCACCCCAGCUCCGGGCCGAGUCUGACGCUGGAGCUUGAGACCCUCGAGGACAGCGCCGCCACCGUCGGCGCAUCGCCCGACAACGUCCUUGCCGAAGCAACGCAUCUAGGUCUACACAUCCUCCUUAGCCAUGCUCACCGUUUGAACGAGCUACAACGACUGCGGCCAACGCCCCCUCACCAACGUCGCAACCAAACACAAAACCAGUACCACCUCCUCAGACCCAUCAUCGCCAAAAUCCUCUACGACCGCUCCAUUGAGCAGGUCACCAGUUUCGCGGGCGACCUCACCCGCGUGCUACGACAAGGCGGCGUCCACGCCGCCUCCUUCACCCUCAACACCCCUCCCUUCCCGACCGCCGAGCUGAAAAACACCUCGGGCGGAGCCUCCAACCGGCCCAACGCCUCACAAGCACUCACAAACAUGCUCACGUCCUCAGCAGACUUCCAGAUCGAGCUGACCCUGAUCCCGACCUCCCGCCUCCAGAUCCGCGGCCGCACAUUCCUCAACCCGCUGACAACAACGCAAUUCCAACUCCAACUCCUCCCCAACGCAGCAGCAGCAUCAGGAAGCGAACCAUCAAAUGGCGAGCAGCCCCCCGCACCGCCGCCAAACACCCUCCAGUCCUCUUACCCACCCUCCCGCGACCCGUACCCAGACAUCGCCUCCGUCCAGCUCUACAUCACAAACGCAGCGGCCCACGCACUCACAGACUACGCAAUGUCCCUCAUCCCCCCGCCGCAACAGCCCUCCAACCCCUCUGCACCCCCUGCGGAACCUGCACCCGCGGAGUGGGUUAAGUCCGUCCGCGGCACCGCCAUCCGCGACAUCGACACGGAGACGCGCGAAAUCCGCUUCGACAUUCUCAACAGUGGCCCCGAGAACCGACCGACGCUGCAGAUUGGCGCCGCCUGGCGUGUGGGGGAUAAGUCUCGCCUCAUGCGCUGGUCUUGGGCUGCAGAUGGCGAUUCCUCGUCAUCAUCGUCGCAACCUCCCGUCAGUGACAUUGUUGCCGCUGUUGUUCAGUCCAGGGAUGUCUAGGAGAUUGACCUGGACCGUCUGGUCAAGGAGGAGACGAAGGAUUGGUCUUGAAAAGCGAGUGAAGUGCCCGUCUAUUUGCGGAUCAUCGGAAAGGCCCUUCUGCCGUUGGUGUUACUAGUAGUCUCGUCAUUUAUCAAACCCGGGCGUAAAUAGCCAGAGGAUGUAUAGUGACGAUGAGGCUAGGUAGUUUAGCCUUACCCGCCAUCAUCAAUUAAAAAAGUCAUUCACAAUACAUAAUCUCAUAGAUAUUUCUCUACUUCUGUAAGCCAUGUUGCUCGACAGACCUUCAUAAUUGACGAGCGAAUCCGUCUCGUGAACCAACGAGACAUUCGGUAGCAGCCUGGAUACAUGACGUACAUAUCAACUGCGGGGACACACGAUUCCUGAUGAGCAAUUGUAUUGGUAACCUCUAUCGAUCUAGCAAUCCUUCC